GCUCGCUCGCAAAUCAGUGUUUGCUGUUGCAGUUGCCUCUUCUCAAUCCAAAAUCUAGGGUUUUUCUUCGUUUUCCAUUCCUCGAUCUUUGAAUUCCUAGUUACUCUUGCGUAUAUAUAUACGCUGAUUGCUGCUAGGGUUGUUAAUCGAGCUUUCACGGUAAAACGAUGUCGCUCCGGCCGAAUGCUAGAACUGAGGUUCGCCGCAACCGCUACAAGGUGGCGGUGGACGCCGAUGAGGGCCGCCGAAGAAGAGAAGAUAACAUGGUCGAGAUCCGUAAGAGCAAGCGCGAAGAGAGUCUGCAGAAGAAGCGUCGCGAAGGCCUGCAAGCUCAGCAGCAAUUCGCCACUCCUAUUCAGGCUUCAACUGUUGAGAAAAAGUUGGAGAGUCUUCCUUCCAUGGUUGCUGGUGUUUGGUCGGAUGACAGCAAUCUGCAGCUGGAGGCGACUACACAAUUUCGAAAACUGCUUUCUAUUGAGCGGAGCCCUCCAAUUGAGGAAGUUAUCCAAUCUGGUGUUGUGCCGCGUUUUGUUGAGUUUCUAGUUAGGGAAGAUUUCCCUCAACUGCAGUUUGAGGCUGCAUGGGCUCUUACUAAUAUAGCAUCUGGAACAUCUGAGAACACCAAAGUGGUAAUUGAUCACGGGGCAGUCCCAAUAUUCGUUAAGCUACUCAGUUCUCCAAGUGAUGAUGUUCGAGAGCAGGCAGUGUGGGCAUUGGGAAAUGUUGCCGGUGACUCCCCUAGGUGCCGUGAUCUUGUUCUCAGUCAUGGUGCUUUAGGCCCCUUAUUGGCCCAGUUGAAUGAGCAUGCAAAGCUUUCAAUGUUGAGAAAUGCCACGUGGACACUAUCCAAUUUUUGUAGGGGCAAGCCACAACCCCCAUUUGAGCAGGUGAAGCCAGCACUUCCUGCUUUAGAGCGUUUGGUUUUUUCCAAUGAUGAAGAAGUCCUGACUGAUGCAUGCUGGGCACUUUCAUAUCUAUCUGAUGGAACAAACGACAAAAUCCAAGCAGUUAUUGAAGCAGGCGUUUGUGGCCGAUUAGUGCAGCUCCUUCUGCAUCCAGCUCCUUCAGUUCUUAUCCCUGCUCUUCGCACAGUGGGAAAUAUUGUGACUGGAGAUGAUAUUCAGACUCAGAGUAUUAUUAAUCACGGUGCACUGCCAUGCCUUUUGAGCCUGUUGACACAUAAUCAUAAGAAAAGCAUCAAGAAAGAAGCCUGCUGGACCAUAUCAAACAUUACUGCUGGAAACAGAGAGCAAAUACAGGCUGUUAUUGAAGCCGGUCUGAUUGCUCCACUUGUCAAUCUCCUUCAAAAUGCUGAGUUUGAUAUAAAAAAGGAAGCUGCAUGGGCAAUCUCAAAUGCUACAUCUGGUGGUACUCACGAGCAGAUAAAGUACUUGGUGAGUCAAGGGUGCAUAAAGCCGCUAUGUGAUCUGCUUAUUUGCCCGGAUCCAAGAAUUGUCACUGUCUGUUUAGAAGGCCUAGAGAAUAUUCUGAAGGUUGGGGAGGCAGAGAAGAGCCUAGGUAAUACUGGAGAUGUCAACUUGUACGCGCAAAUGAUAGAUGAUGCUGAGGGAUUGGAGAAGAUUGAAAACCUGCAGAGUCAUGACAACAAUGAAAUAUAUGAGAAAGCUGUAAAAAUCCUCGAGACAUACUGGUUGGAAGAAGAGGACGAGACGCUGCCUUCAGGAGAUGGUGCUCAAACUACUUUCAAUUUUGGAGGCAGUGAGAAUUCAGUCCCAUCUGGUGGAUUCAACUUCAGUUGAAGGCCUGUUCAGGAGAGGGGACUUAGUCAGAUGGAGAAGGGGUUGAUUCUGGGGUGGCUGUUGGGGUCGAGUCGGGGUCGGGUCAUCUUACCUCAUGGUGUGAGGUUUCAGUCUGGUCUUGUGUCCGUGGUCUAAUGAGGUGCAGGGGGUGGGUGGGUCAGUCUACACUGCCAUGUCCAAAUAAGGAAGAAAGGGAGGGGGUCGUCGGGGUCGGUGGCAGCAUAAUGACCUAGUCAGCGGUGUUUGUUGUAUUAACUAUAUAUGCCUGGGAGAAAGUUUCCAGGAGGUUAUAUGUUGCAUUAGCAGGGACCCGGAUUAUGUGGCAAUGGGAAGGUUUUCUUGAGUGCGGCUCUGAGUCUUUUUUUAAGAGUCUUAGUUAUUGUAUUGGUAAUUUCUGCUGAGUCAGUGUUUCAAAAUUUGGUUGCGUAUAGUAUUUAAAAACUGCUUAUAGUGUAUUCCAAGGAAUUAGUGCUAUUUUUGUGCGUACUAUCUUGCUGGGCACUGCC